AGGUUGCACAGCAGCACCCACCCCCCUGUCCCCCCUUAAAUACAUGUGUAUAUAAGUUUCUGCAGGUGAACUUUGCCAGCCACGUACGUUGCGGAAUCCGUCACUAUGCUGUCUUACUGGAUCUUGAUCUCUUUGACUACCUUGUGCUUCAGUUCUCAUUUACCUGGAGGACCCCACGCCCAUAUCUUUAACAAAGUCUUCAGUUUGUUCGACCAAGAUGGUGACAACAAAGUGAAUGUGACAGAGUUCUGGGCCACAGUUCCCAAUGCCGACUUGAACGGUGAUGGUAUCAUCACGGAAGAAGAGUUCAUCGAGACCUGGGAGUCGAUCACCCAAUACACUUCUGAAGAAGAGGAGGAGAACCGACACUCGGCCGAGCUGCUGUUCAAGCAAGUCACCAACACCACACUCAGCGUCAACGAUAAAAUUCUGUUGUUUAAGGUCUUCGAUACCAACAAUGAUGGGGUCAUUAGCAGAAGAGAAUUCCUGAUCGAAUGGGAAAGAAUCCACCCUGAACAUGACGAUUAUACAUCAGAACCACAUUCUCCGAUGCCAACCUCUCCUGUACGUUAGUCUCAUCUACUUCUACAUUCUCCGGAGCUGAUGAACAAGAACACCUUGCGGGCCUGAAGAUGACAGGCUGGAGUUGACACUCAGGAUGCGUUAAUGUGAACCUGAAGGACAGAAACUUCUGGAAUAACAAAACUGAAAUAAAAUUUGGCAUCAAGCAUGGAAA